AUGAACAUUGUGGCUGAAAUUUCAUCACCAUCCUCAUCGGGACUAACAGCAACCUCAGGUAUGGUCCCCGUCGCCUGUAUCGUAUUACACAGUGAGUCGGAAAAACAGGUAAUUAGUGGCACGGAUGUUUUGUGUGCACGCGGCCAACUGGCCCGCUUUCGUGGCGGGGGUUUUGCAGAAAAAUGCAUUGUGCCUCGAAGGCGCCAUGUCUUUUGUAGGAGUGCAUCCGGUGCAGAUACAAAGCGCUCAUUUGGCUCGACGUACUGA